AUGUCAGAAUCAUCAGAAUUUACCCCACCUAUGGCUGAACCUCUUCAACUGCUAGAUUGUUUCACAACCCCUAAGGCAAAGGUACACUGUAAAUACUAUUGGUAUCACUCAGUUUGGAAAAUACCUCUCCUGUUUACAGUGUAACUAGAAAAUAGCUGAUGGAUGGUUUGCUUUCAAUAUCUUGAAGUGUCAUUACUGCAGCCUUACCCAGAAAAGGAAAAAUGCAAAGAAAAGUGCUGCAUCCAAGCUUAAGAGUCACAUGAUGAUAGUCAGUUUUAUUACAUUUUUCCACUAG